UAGUUUCGUUUGGGUGGCAACCCUAAAAAGACACAUGAAGGAGCUGCGAAUUUCGCUCGUCGCUCGCGAAUAAAAAUACGCAGAUAAUAGUUAAAUGGCAAUAGUAGUUGGCAAAGUAACACCAGCUUUCACUGACUUGAUUGUGUAAUGUUUUAUUAGUGAAGUGCGGGCGAAAAUAAAACACUCGCAAAAGUGCCGUAAUUUGCUCAAACAAAAAGUCUUUAAUCUUCGUGUGACACUUUGUUUUUGUGAAUGCACUGGAAAUAUUUGUUUUGCUAGACAAUUACUUGAGUGACGAGUGUUCUUUGUGCCGUUGAAGAAAAAUAUUUUAUCGACGUUUCAGUUGGCACCCAAACACAGAUACUCGCACCCACACAGAUACGGCUACGCGGAUACAGAUACAGUUACACGUGCGCUCAGCUGGUAAUGAAUGCUGCUCAGCUGUCGUUUGUUUUCAUUCCGUUUUGAGAUCCCACAUCCCGAGAAUAUCCCCGAUAAUCCGGAUACCCGCAGAUAUAUAUGCCCUUGAUCCAGUCAACAGAUAAACGAGAGCACUAAAACAUCUCGCGAUAGUCACCUGAAAACCAUCGUAUAUACAACCGUAACCCAGAUCAGCAGUCAUGCCGAAAGAUGGUCACUCACGUAAGCCACAAAAGAAGGCGUCGGUCACCGAAGAGACACCCAUCUCUGAGAGCACAAACACAACUCCAGCCGCAAGCUCACCCAGUAGAUCCACUGGUCACUCGACCAUCGGAGCUCUAGUGAGCAAUCUACACCAUCAUGACAUCCAAUCCCUACACCAACCACUGCUGGAGAGCGAGGAGCGAGUGAUAACCACGAGUAACCACAGGAAUGCGCGCCAUCCCCAUCGAGGCUAUGGAACCGAGAGGAAACCCCAUAGCUCCCUGCCCCGUUUCGUGAUCGACAUCGAAGAGGAGACGGAUGCUGCGGUGGCUGCGGCGGAGGGCAAGGAGUUAUCCAACCAGGAGCACGAGGAGCACUCCAACCAAAGUCCUUCCCGCCGUUUCAGUCACUUCAAUCUGGCCCUGCGUCGCUUCUCCCACAUCCAUGCCCACAACAUAAAUCGCUACGGAGACUCCAUGGGUUCACUGGGACAUCGCGCCUUGUUGCAGUACAUCGAUAAUAAUGAUAUUUCCGGUCUGCGCGCUAUAUUGGAUAGCCGACAUCUUACCAUCGAUGAUCGGGACGAGAAUGCCACCACAGUGUUGAUGGUAGUUGCUGGACGGGGUCUGACUCCCUUUGUCCGGGAAUUUCUGGCCCGUGGUGCCGAUGUUCAGGCAGAGGAUUUGGAUAACUGGACGGCACUGCUAUGUGCCUCCCGCAACGGACACUUCGAUGUGGUUCAACUGCUGCUGGAUCAUGGAGCCGAGGUAGAGCAUCGUGAUAUGGGUGGCUGGACAAGUUUAAUGUGGGCAGCCUACCGUGGCCACACGGAAUUAGUGCGUCUUCUGCUGGACAAAGGAGCCGAUGGCAAUGCCCAUGGUAAUUACCAUCUGGGUGCCCUUUUGUGGGCGGCGGGGCGUGGCUACAAGGACAUUGUGGAGCUGUUAGUGCAACGCGGCGCUAAAGUAAAUGUCGGCGAUAAAUAUGGUACCACAGCUCUUGUUUGGGCUUGCCGGCGAGGAAAUGUGGAGAUUGUGGAUACUUUGGUUAAAGCUGGCGCCAAUGUGGACACCGCGGGCAUGUAUUCGUGGACUCCACUUCUGGUUGCAGCCGCCGGUGGCCACACAGAUUGCGUGAGUUCCCUUCUGGAGAAGAAGCCGAAUGUAAAUGCCUUGGACAAAGAUGGAAUGACCGCUCUUUGCAUAGCGAGUCGUGAGGGUUUCCAGGAUAUAGCCGCCUCCCUUAUAGCAGCUGGUGCAUAUAUAAAUAUCCAGGAUCGUGGAGCAGAUACCCCGCUCAUCCAUGCCGUAAAAGCUGGUCAUCGAACUGUGGUGGAAGCGCUGCUCAAAAAACAUGCUGAUGUGGAUAUUCAAGGAAAGGAUCGCAAGACGGCCAUUUACACCGCGGUGGAGAAAGGACACACUCCGAUUGUUAAGCUACUGCUGGCCACAAAUCCCGACCUUGAAUCCGCCACCAAGGAUGGAGAUACUCCCCUUUUAAGGGCUGUAAGAAAUCGUAACUUGGAAAUCGUCCACCUGUUGCUUGAUAGAAAGGCCAAGGUGACUGCAAGUGACAAAAGAGGCGACACCUGCCUGCACAUUGCGAUGCGGGCGAGGAGCAAGGCGAUUGUGGAAGCUCUCCUGCGGAAUCCCAAGCACAGUCAGCUUUUGUACCGGGCCAACAAAGCUGGGGAAACCCCUUACAACAUUGACUCCCUGCACCAGAAGACCAUACUGGGUCAAGUUUUUGGCGCUAGACGGCUGAACACGAACGAGGAUUCCGAGGGUAUGCUGGGCUACGAACUCUAUUCCUCCGCCUUGGCGGACGUGCUAAGUGAGCCGACGUUAACCACCCCCAUCACAGUUGGACUCUAUGCCAAGUGGGGCAGUGGGAAGAGUUUUCUGCUGAACAAGCUGCGCGACGAGAUGAACAACUUUGCGCGCCAGUGGGCAGAACCUCCGAUCCGAACCAGUGGGCUCCUCUUCAUCGUCUGCCUGCACCUGGGCUUGCUCAUUGGAACGAUUGUGGGAUUGAGCACCAGGUCGGCGGUGGUAGGCGUGUCCUCGGCCGUGGGCUUCAUGCUGCUCGCCUAUCUGCUCCUGGCCGCUGUCAGGUACUGCAACUAUCAGAUGGAUAUGCAGUGGGCCUACUCCGUGCAACACGGUCUGGAGAAGAGGAUGGCGAGAUUGCGUCUGAUCCUGCAGGUGGCCUUUUGCCAUCCGCCAGGUCCCCAAUCGGAUUCACAGGCAAAACCCGUGCGGUUUCACUUUGCGGAGGCGAAUAGUGCUUCACCAACAGGCGAUGGAGCAGUGGCUCACAUGUUGGCUGCCCUCCUCGAUGCCAUCGAAUCUCACUACGGAUGGUUGGCCACAAGAUUGUAUCGAGCCUUCCGUCCCAAGUGUUUAAAAGUGGAUGUGGGCUGGCGGUGGCGUCGCAUGUGCUGUAUACCCAUCGUGUUGAUCUUUGAACUAGCACUGGUUACCCUGGUCACUGGAAUAUCUUUGAUCGUCGCCUAUUUCACGUUUGACAAGAAUCAGGAACAAAUACUUGUAGGACUUUAUGUGACCGCUGCAGUGAUGGGCACUCUGAUCUGCACGCAUCUCCACGUCCUGGCCAAGGUUUACAUGUCAUUGUUUACCUCCCACAUCCGAUUACUGAAAAGAGCGGUUCGUUCCAGUGAAUCAGCUCCUUUGACCAUGCUGGGCGCAGAAGUGGCCGUGAUGACGGACAUGGUCAAGUGCCUGGAUGCGUUUACUACUCAGCAGAGUCGCUUGGUGGGUGUGAUCGACGCACUGGAUUCCUGCGACACGGAAAGGAUUCUUACUCUAUUGAAUGCGGUGCAAACACUUCUCUCUUCACCUAACAGACCCUUUGUGCUGCUCAUUUCUGUGGAUCCCCACGUAAUUGCCAAAGCAGCGGAGGCCAAUAGUCGGCGACUCUUCACGGAGGGUGGAAUCGGAGGACAUGACUUCCUCAGGAACUUGGUGCAUCUCCCGGUUUAUCUGCAGAACUCCGGCCUCAGGAAAGUUCAGCGAGCGCAGAUGACAGCGCUGCUGUUUAAACGAAGUGGCGGAGGAGAUUACCAGACAGACGAUGGACCCACAUUGGGUCACUCCGUAUCCGCUCGUCGCCUGUCAAACGCGUCGGAGAUAAUCUCCAGUCAAGAGAAGCUGCGCGGACCCGCCCGUGGAGGUGGUGGCAAGAAGCUGCGUCUCUCCGAAUCCGUCGCCAGUUCUACAGGUUCCAAUCUUCACCGCCUGGGUCAGAAUCCGCAGACGGUGCUCGAUCUCUCCCGAAUCGUGCUCACGGAUGAUUACUUCAGCGAUGUGAAUCCGCGAAGUAUGCGCCGCCUGAUGAACGUUAUCUACAUCACGGUUCGUCUGCUCAAGGCCUUCCAGAUUGACUUCAGCUGGUAUCGUCUUAGUUCCUGGAUCAACCUGACGGAGCAGUGGCCCUUGAGAGCAAGUAUGAUAGUGCUGCAUCACGAUCAAUUUAUGGAUGGCAACGCAGAUGAGAGUGUGUCCCUGCAAAGCGUUUAUGAGAAACUGCGUCCAAAACUAGCAUAUUUAAGAGAGGCAGCUCCGCUUUUGGAGUUGGAUCGGGAUGAACGAAAGCUGGACGCUUUCCUGCAGUUGCACAAAUCAGAUUUACUAGUGGCGGACUUGCGCAUCUUUUUGCCCUUCACUAUUAACCUGGAUCCUUACUUGAGGAAGGUAUUAAAGGAGGACCAGCAAACCAUCGAGGACGAGGGUUCCCUAGUGAUACAAGCGAGACCCAGCGUUUCCAAUACCAUGCGUCAAUUCCCAGCGCCCACCACCUAUGUGCCUUCGCCGCAGGCCUAUCCACCCUACCAAAUGUUCCAAAACCCAGAGUAUCCUGCCAAUGAGCUGCGCUCCAGGAAUCUGAGCACGAGCACUGAGCCCGUUACUCCACUGAUUAACUCACCAAGUGAUUCUUUUGGUGAGGACAUCCUGCAAACCAAGUUGACCGAUUUAACCGUGGAGGGAGUCAUUAGCCUGCUGGAGCGGAUUGAGGACAUGAAACCGUCGUUGGCCAAACUAGCGCCCGUGCUUCGCGAGAAUGCCAUCAAUGGUCGUGUGCUGAAGCACUGUGAUAUGCCGGAUCUGAAAUCGGUUCUGGGCCUGAGUUUUGGUCACUGGGAGCUGUUUCGCCUGCUGAUCACCACGCUGCGGGAGUGCGAGCGUUUGCCUAGAAAGCAGCCACGUCAGCAGCAGCAGCCCCCCGCCUUAGAGGCACCAUCGAAUGUUCCGAUGAUCAAGGAUGUGACGGAUGCCCUGAUGCAGCCACCCAGAGAGUCCUUGUCGCGAAAGAACUCCGUUAGUCACAUGGAGAAACAGGUCACGCUGGAGGAGCAGAUGAUCUGCGGCACCUUACAGACUCUGAAUGAGGAGGCCUACGAGGAUGUGGCCAGUAGCGAGCGGCCAAGUCCCACAGGUGAGAUGUUGGCGGCAGCCGCACAACUGCAAUUAGCACCCAUCCGCGAAUCCUCCGAGUUCGGAUCGCCAUCCGAAGAUCAGAAGCAGUACGGGGUCAAGUUAAGCCACAUCAACAACAACCAGUACUUGCAUGCGGAGUACAAUCGGAGCGUCAGCUCACAUUCCCUGCAGAGUCUAAGUACUCUGGUGGGUGCUCCGAGUGGCCAUGGUGUUUCAGGUGGCGGUGGCCUUCACCUGGGAAAUGAACUCGACACGCCGAGUGCGGGAGCUGCAAUGACGACGCCAUUGCUCGGCUCCUCUGGCAACAUGCAACUGCCGUCUGGUCGGGAUUCCAUUUUGAAGCAGCAGGGAAGCGUCAAGGCCGACAAACGGGUAUCGAUCCAACAAACGGCAACCAAUAAUAACAACAAUAAUAGUACCAAGCUGACACCAAAUGUCGAAUACGUUUCCGAGCGCCAGGCGGAAGUACAAGGAGCCAGUAAGCGCUUGUCGACCAAGCCGCCAACAGGACCACGCCCCGCUUCGCUGAUCAUCACCCGCAACGAUUCCAACUCUCAGUUCCAGCUGCUCCGUUCGUCGUCAGUGGAUUACGACGAUGUGGAGGCCCAGGAGCACCGGACCACGAUAAGGACCACCUUGCUGGAACAACAGGAGGAGGAGGAGUCGGCCCCAUUCGUGUUUACAGUGCGCAAAUGAUACAAUCUUCUCUACUAGGUGAACCUAGUGCCAGCUACGCUUAGUUACAAAUUAGUUAUAGUGCAAUUAACCAAUAACUAUAGGAUUUUUUGGUAACUCUGACUUUUGGGUUACACAAUGAUAUAGUCGUACAUGCGGUACGCUAGGAAAAGACACUUUGUUUGCAAGUCUUGGUUGUAAGCCACUGUAAAGUUUACUAAUUGUUAUUAAUGUAUGAUGCAUGUGCAUAUUAAUGUAUGAUGCAUGUGCAUAUGUGUAUUUAUUAAUUAUACAAAGAAAGUGAGAACACAUUGAGCGAGAUGAUUUACAAAUUCAA